AUGUCUGCAACCUCGCUGGAAAAGUUCCUCAUCGUGCCCAAGCUCAUUCAAGUAAUCGUAAAGACUCUUUUCGCGUUUAUCACGAGCCCUUUUCGAGGAUCAAAUGGAGCACCCACCGUCCUCGAACAUGUUUGGAACACCGCGUUGCGGACCUUGUUCAACACCCUGACUGUGUCCCAGUUACAAUUGAUUCUCCCUCCAUUCUCCAAAACCUAUUACGCGUGGAGCAAAGCACACAAUGUACCAGUUGACAUUGUACGCAUUCCGAACACCAACAUCACAGGCUUCUGGAUCGGCAGCAAAGACUCGGCCACAUAUGUCACCAUUUACUUCCACGGCGGUGGCUUCGUGAUCGAUGGUGGUCGUCCACAUUUGGAUUUACUACUUCGGAUGAAUACUUGGUCUGAUGGCAACCACGCGGCGUUCUGUCCUUGUUACACCUUGGCUCCGGAGGGUCUGUACCCUCUACAGAUUGCAGAGUGUGUCGAGGCGUUGCGGUAUGUCUUGUCUAUGCCUGGACGUCAGCCUUCAAAUGUGUUACUCGGCGGGGACUCGGCUGGUGGCAAUCUAGUCCUCGCUGUGCUCAGCCACGUAUCAAGACAUCCUCAUCCGAACCAUAACGUGGUUAAACCACUGCAUGUGGAGGAGCCUUUGUACGGGGCGUUCGUGAUUGCACCGUGGGUGUCGAGUGACGUGACCAGGUUUCAGUCCAUGACGGCGUUUGCGAAUCGAGAUAUCGUGAACCCGAAGUGCGCGAAUCUUUGGAUGGAGACCUACACCGGUCGCAAUCAGGGCAUCGUCGUCGAGGACGAUGAAUAUAUCGCUCCAGAGCUGACCACGGCUGAUUGGUGGACGGACACGAAAGUAUCGAAUAUGCUCGUCCUCGCAGGAGAACACGAGUUUCUGAGAGACGGCAUCCUUGCUUGGGUAAAGAAGUUCCAGGCGGGACCUGGCGCGACCGUAUUCAAGAUCGUCAUCGGGAAACAAGAGGUGCAUAUCGCGCCGUUAACAGCGAAACCGGAGGAUGUACUAGAUAAAUUGGGAGAUGACUGUCAGGAAGCAGCGCUGCGCGAUUGGGCAAAAGCGACUCUGAAACAAAAGUAG